UAAAAGGACCAUUACGGCCUCAAAUUUCUUACACCGAUCCUCAUAUACUCUUUCACAGCAGGCAACGAAACUAUUUUACUCAGUAUGGUGGUAAAUUAACUAUCCAAUUUGGCAGAGGAGAAAUUGUCGAUGUUGUAGGAAUGGUUCUGGAAGAGGCUGCUUGCUGUGGUGAUUUAGAUGCUACGGACGAAGAGAGAGCAGUGAGAAGGAUUUUGGAGAGAAGUUCCAGCCUAUUGCACCUUUCCCUUCUUUUUGUUUUGGAAGAAUUGUUCAUUCUUCCCUUCUUAAUUCUGUAUGACGUGAAAUAUUAACUCUUUUUUAUGGCUAAAUUAUUUAUUAAUCCUUAAAUUAGGAUUACUUAGUCGGAGUUCAAGAUGAUGGUAUUAAAGUUGGGAUUAGUCUGAUCUAUGUUAGUGUGUUCGAUAAUGUAAAAUAUUAUCCAUAAAAUGUCUGAGUUAUGAAAAUUAGAGAUAAAAAAGGAUCUUUAAUAAUUUAAAAUGUUUAUACUUGGAUUGUUUUCAGUCUCAA